CUCCGCACUGCUCCACCAUACGCGCGCACGUGUAGCCACAUCCGCACAGAGCGCAUCCUGCAAUCCGUUCCCCAUCCAGCCACCCUUUCACUGGUAGUCUUCAAGGCAGACCCGGUGGAGACGCCUACUUUCAUUCACUCUCCAAACUGGACACAAGAAUCUCGAUCGCUCUAACGCUCCUCCAGUCUCUACCAGCAGCAGCACCAUGGAAACCAAGAGACCAGAGGACAGGAUCUCUUCUUCAGGACCACAGUCUUGUCCCUCUACAGCAGUAAGACCCACAGACACCAGGCAGCCUGGGGCAGAGACACAGGAGACACUGGUGUACAUGCAGUGCUGUGGGCAGGAAGCCCCUAAUAUGACAGAGAGGAACGGCCAUAGGAAAAUCAGGGAUAGGAACCAUCAGGACCCAGUCUUCGUGCCCCAGGGGAGGGCUGAGAGGGUCUGGACCCACCCCUCGGCUCCCCAGCAGACUACAACUCCCACAAUACCCUCCUGCCCUGUGUCUUCCCCUUACAGUUUCUGGAGCCCAGGGUCGGUGGAGAUGGAUGAGAUCAUGGCAGCCAUGGUUCUGACCAGUCUGUCCUGCAGCCCUGUGGUCCAGAGUUCUCCUCAGAGUCAGAAUGACUCUCUACCAGGUUCAUCAUCAUGGGGCGGAGACAUGGAGUGUAGGGGCGGAGACAUGGAGUGUAGUGGCGGAGACAUGGAGUGUGGGGGCGGAGACAUGGAGUGUGGGGGCGGGGAGCUUUCGGACAGCGGCAGCAGUGGCUACUGGAGCUGGGACCACGGCAACGUUAGUCCCUCUCCGUCCCCUUCUGUCGCCGAGAUGGACAGCCGCCCAGAUGAAGGACUGCAUAUGGAGCUGGGGGGUGAGCUACAUACAGCCGCAAGGUCAAAGAGUUCUUUCAGAGGAACGUACAGGUGUCUGUGGCCCAGCUGUGGCAAGGUGCUCACGUCUUCAGUUGGUAUGAAGAGACAUGUCCGUGUGAUGCACCUGGGCAGUGGAUCGGAGCAGUCCCCAAGAGAGGAGGACUUCUACUACACAAAGAUUUCCUGCGAAGCUCCAGCAGACCCCUCUCUCGUUUCCCCUCUUCCCCCAGAACCCUCUCCAGACCCCUCUCCCGUCUCCCCUCUUCCCCCAGCCCCCCUCCCGGCUUCUUCCCCUCACGUCCCCUGGGCAUCCUGUGGCUCCCCUCUAAGCCCUGAUCCAGAUUCCGGACUCCAGAUCACCUCCUCGGGGUCAGGGAGCUCCAGGCCCAGCUCAGGUCCAGAGUCAGCCCCAUACCAGCACAGACCUCUCAGCCAGUCUGCCCCUAGCUCCUCCUGGCAGAUACAGACAGACCAUCUCUAUCAGGCCUGCACUCCCCUCCAGGUGACCAUGUCCUCCUGCAGCCCUGCCCCUUGUUGUUGGACCCCUCCCCCUCUCACCGUCUCUAACCAACACAGCCAUCACAACACCCAGGUGGUGACGGGUCGCUGCAGGUCUGUGAGUGUGGGAGAGCAGUGGCUUCAACAGAACAGCGCCACCAACAGGCUAACCACCUUGAGAGCAGCCUCCCCGUCGGGCUCUCACUGCCCCUUCAGGAAGGGGCGAGGGGAGGCUAAGAAGUGUCGUAAGGUGUACGGAGUGGAGCACAAGGAGCAGUGGUGCACGGCCUGCCGCUGGAAGAAAGCCUGCCAGCGCUUCACAGACUAAACGAGUGUGUGAACGAAGGAUGAUGGAAAAAAGAGACUGAAAAAGAGAGGACACGAUCAGGAUCAGGGCCUGUAAAGCCAUCAACAACUUCCUUUUUUUCUACCUUGUUUAUUUUCCCCUCGAGGAAUAUAGUUUUUUAUUUGUUGACCUGAGAAGUACGUCAGUGUGUGAUGGUGGUGCUAGUAGCUAGUAGGUUAGACUGUCUUAUGUGGUAGGCCUACCGAUGCUCUUCCGUCCCAGACCUGUUUGUGCUGUGUAGCAUGGCAACAACCAUAGAAGUUAGCUAAACACAGGGAUGGGCACUGGCUAGUUGCCCUGGGUAACAUUUGGGUCCAAAGUAUGCGCCAUACAAUAUUUCCAAGAACAAACUUUGACUGGCCUGGUGUGAUCUGAAUAGUACUAGCGGGCUAGCUUCAUAUCCUACUAGCCUGGUCUGAAUAGUACUAUCGGGCUAGCUUCAUAUCCUACUAGCCUGGUCUGAAUAGUACUAGCGGGCUAGCUUCAUAUCCUACUAGUAUGGUCUGAAUAGUACUAGCGGGCUAGCUUCAUAUCCUACUAGCCUGGUCUGAAUAGUACUAGCGGGCUAGCUUCAUAUCCUACUAGCCUGGUCUGAAUAGUACUAGCGGGCUAGCUUCAUAUCCUACUAGCCUGGUCUGAAUAGUACUAGCGGGCUAGCUUCAUAUCCUACUAGUAUGGUCUGUACGGUACUAUCGGGCUAGCUUCAUAUCCUACUAGCCUGGUCUGAAUAGUACUAUCGGGCUAGCUUCAUAUCCUACUAGCCUGGUCUGAAUAGUACUAGCGGGCUAGCUUCAUAUCCUACUAGUAUGGUCUGAAUAGUACUAGCGGGCUAGCUUCAUAUCCUACUAGCCUGGUCUGAAUAGUACUAGCGGGCUAGCUUCAUAUCCUACUAGCCUGGUCUGAAUAGUACUAGCGGGCUAGCUUCAUAUCCUACUAGCCUGGUCUGAAUAGUACUAGCGGGCUAGCUUCAUAUCCUACUAGUAUGGUCUGAAUAGUACUAGCGGGCUAGCUUCAUAUCCUACUAGCCUGGUCUGAAUAGUACUAGCGGGCUAGCUUCAUAUCCUACUAGCCUGGUCUGAAUAGUACUAGCGGGCUAGCUUCAUAUCCUACCAGUAUGGUCUGAAUAGUACUAGCGGGCUAGCUUCAUAUCCUACUAGCCUGGUCUGAAUAGUACUAGCGGGCUAGCUUCAUAUCCUACUAACCUGGUCUGUACGGUACUAUCAGGCUAGCUUCAUAUCCUACUAGUAUGGUCUGAAUAGUACUAGCGGGCUAGCUUCAUAUCCUACUAGCCUGGUCUGAAUAGUACUAGCGGGCUAGCUUCAUAUCCUACUAGUAUGGUCUGUACGGUACUAUCGGGCUAGCUUCAUAUCCUACUAGCCUGGUCUGAAUAGUACUAGCGGGCUAGCUUCAUAUCCUACUAGCCUAGUCUGAAUAGUACUAUCGGGCUAGCUUCAUAUCCUACUAGCCUGGUCUGAACGGUACUAGCGGGCUAGCUUCAUAUCCAUCCCUGGUUGAACUCUUGAACAAGAUACUUAACCCUUAACUGCUCCCCAUCCAGGAUUCUUCUUCUUCUAUACAGGAAACCGAUCUGUCCCCAGGUUCCUUCCACCUUCCACUGAGAGCAUUUCUCCUCCCCUUCCACUGAGAGCAUUUCUCCUCCCCUUCCACUGAGAGCAUUUCUCCUCCCCUUCCACUGAGAGCAUUCUCCUCCCCUUCCACUGAGAGCAUU